AUGCUCACUCAACGGCCCGUUAGCUUGGAGAUCCUUAGCGGGACGGUUUCUUCGGCUUCUCAUGGAACAUUGAGGAAGAUACCAGUCAUUUUUAAGUUAACAACCACCGAUAAUAAACGAAUGCCUCGUGUUCAGGCUUCGAUGGGCGAUUUCAGCACCACUUUAGAUAGUU